AUGGGACAUCUCGGUCAUGAAAGAGUUUUUGAUCUUGUCCGAGCUAGAGUCUACUGGCCCAGCAUGCAUUCAGAUAUUAAACAUUAUGUCCAAAACGUUUGUUGCUGCCUCAAACAAAAACGACCUGCAACCACACAGCGUGAACCUCUCCAUCCAAUUGAAACAACAUCCCCAUUUCAACUGGUGUCGAUUGAUUUUCUCCAUCUGGAAAAAAGUAAAGGAGGGUACGAAUACAUCCUAGUUAUAAUGGACCAUUUCACAAGGUUUGCCCAAGCGUACCCAACAAGAAACAAGUCGGCAAAAACAGCGGCACAAAAAGUAUACAAUGAUUUCAUCCUUCGAUUCGGCUAUCCACAAACAAUCCACCACGACCAAGGUGGAGAGUUUGAAAACAAGCUCUUUUACCAACUCGACCAACUUUGCGGUAUGACCCACUCCAGAACGACCCCCUACCACCCACAAGGGAAUGGGCAAGUGGAACGUUUUAAUCGCAUUCUUCUUGGUAUGCUCCGAAGUCCGAACCCUUCCAGAGACCUACAAAUCUCGAUGGUCGGAUCACUUGAACAAACUAGUGUAUGUCUACAAUUGCACAAGAUGUGAUUCCACCGGAUUUUGGCAGAAACCCACCCCUCCCAUUUGAUCGAUUAUUUGGUUUAUGUCCAUCGAAGGAACACGCACAAUCAUACGAGACUUACGUUGAAAAUUGGCGUAAAGCUAUGGAACAAGCACAUCAGAUAGCAUCGCAGAAGGCAUCUAAAGCAUCCACGAAGGGUAAACGUCAAUUUGACAAGAAAGCUAGAGCGGUAUUACUGAAACCUGGUGACCGAGUUUUGGUCCGAAACCUGAGAGAGACGGGAGGCCCAGGAAAAAUAAGAGCAUACUGGGAAAAAGACAUCUAUAUUGUGACACAACAGAAAGGUACAAACGUUCCAGUCUAUGAAGUGAAACGAGAAUCGGGACUUGGAACACCGCGGGUACUGCACCGUAAUUUGCUGCUUCCAUGUCCAUAUCUCUGUGAUGAAAGAGAAAAUGAUCAGGACCGAGAAGUAAAGAAAACUAUGCAACGUGAUCGUCGAACAAAGCGAGUAGAAAACGAAGGAGGGAGAAAUGGCCAGUGCCUAGAGUCAGAGGAAGACGAGGAAGAACUAAUGUUCGUCCCAGCAGCGUUGAGGAAUGAAAAUCCAAUUCUUCGUGAGAACGAGUCUGAAGAACAAAAUGUGGAUAAUGUGAAACUUACUAGAUGA